AUGUCGGAGAGCGACAUGGAGAAAGCCAUCAAGGAAACCUCCAUUUUAGAGGAAUAUAAUAUCAACUGGACUCAGAAACUGGGAGCUGGAAUUAGUGGUCCAGUUAGAGUCUGUGUGAAGAAUUCUACCCAAGAACGGUUUGCACUGAAAAUUCUUUUUGAUCGUCCAAAAGCUAGAAAUGAGGUACGCCUGCACAUGAUGUGUGCCACACACCCAAACAUAGUUCAAAUUAUCGAAGUGUUUGCUAACAGUGUACAGUUUCCUCAUGAGUCCAGCCCCAGGGCUCGACUCUUAAUUGUAAUGGAGAUGAUGGAAGGGGGAGAGCUAUUUCACAGAAUCAGCCAGCACCGGCACUUUACAGAGAAGCAAGCCAGCCAAGUAACAAAGCAGAUAGCUCUGGCUCUACAGCACUGUCACUUGUUAAACAUCGCACACAGAGACCUCAAGCCUGAGAAUCUGCUCUUCAAGGAUAACUCUUUGGAUGCCCCAGUGAAGUUGUGUGAUUUUGGAUUUGCCAAAAUUGACCAAGGUGACUUGAUGACACCCCAGUUCACCCCUUAUUAUGUAGCACCUCAGGUACUAGAGGCACAGAGAAGGCAUCAAAAGGAGAAAUUUGGCAUCAUACCUACCUCACCGACACCCUACACUUACAACAAGAGCUGUGACUUGUGGUCCUUAGGAGUGAUUAUCUACGUGAUGUUGUGCGGAUAUCCUCCUUUCUACUCCAAACAUCACAGUCGGACUAUCCCAAAGGACAUGCGGAGAAAGAUCAUGACCGGCAGUUUUGAGUUCCCAGAGGAAGAGUGGAGCCAGAUCUCAGAGAUGGCCAAAGAUGUUGUGAGGAAGCUCUUGAAGGUCAAACCAGAGGAAAGACUCACCAUUGAGGGAGUGUUGGACCACCCCUGGCUAAACUCGACUGAGGCCCUGGAUAACGUUCUACCCUCUGCUCAAGUGAUGAUGGAUAAGGCGGUGGUUGCAGGAAUCCAGCAGGCUCAUGCGGAACAGUUGGCCAACAUGCGAAUCCAGGAUCCGAAAGUCAGCCUCAAACCCUUGCAUUCUGUGAACAACCCUAUUCUGAGGAAGAGGAAAUUACUUGGCACCAAGCCAAAGGAUGGUGUUUAUAUCCACGACCGUGAAAAUGGAACCGAGGACUCAAAUGUUGCCUUGGAAAAGCUCCGAGAUGUGAUUGCUCAAUGUAUUCUCCCCCAGGCUGGUAAAGGCGAGAAUGAAGAUGAAAAGCUGAAUGAAGUAAUGCAAGAGGCUUGGAAGUAUAACCGGGAAUGCAAACUCCUGAGAGAUACUCUGCAAAGCUUCAGCUGGAAUGGUCGUGGAUUCACAGAUAAAGUAGAUCGACUAAAACUGGCAGAAAUUGUGAAGCAAGUGAUAGAGGAACAAACCAUGUCCCAUGAAUCCCAAUAA